CUCUCUCUAGGGCAUAAUAGAAAGGGAAAUACAGAAACUCAAAGAUUCACAAUUUAAUCAAAAAGAGUUCCCUUUUCAAUUCUCCGAUCUCUUUUACACAAACAGCUUCUAUCCAUGGCGGAACCUUCUUCUUCUCCGGCAACCCAACAAUCAAAUCCGCCUAACGAAAACCCCACCACCACUACCACCGCUACCCAACCCAAUCAAGAAGUGGUCUCCACUCAACCCCCACAACUACCACCGCCGCCGCUGCAAACGCCUUCGCCUUCCAUUCCCGUCGCAGCAACCGUUAAUUUAAAUCCAACCAUAGUUCCUCCUCUUCCUCCUCCUCCGUCUAUCUCGUAUGCAGUUCCGUCGGUGUCUGGUGUCUCCACCGUUCCACCGUCAGCGCCGUCAUUCCGUCCGGUUCCUCAGUUCACUCCUGUACCUAACCCGAAUUAUCAAAAUCCAGUUGUUCAACCCCCCGGUGUUGGUUCGGUGACGGCGAUGGCUCCUGGCGCGGCAACCGGUGGUCCUGGUGCUAUGACGAUUCCUAUGCAGCAGCCAUUGAUGCAGCCGUAUCAGCUCGCCCCUGGUCAGACUCUUAACCCUGCUUUGAGACCUCCGUACGCGCCGAUGCCAAAUGGAUACGCAGCCAUGCCUGGUGGGUUAUUCAUAUUUGUUUUUAUUUAUGUAGGGCUUCCUCGGUUCCCUUCUCCUUAUCAAACAAUGGUUCGACCUUCAUUUCGACCGCCUGGAGCAAUCGGUAUGGGGGUACUAUCUCGCCCACCUAUUCCAGGAAUUCGCCCAAUCAUUCCCCCUGUUGUUAGGCCAGCUAUUGUUCCUAAUCUUACUCCUGCUGAGAAACCACAAACCACUGUAUACGUUGGCAAGAUAGCACCCACAGUUGAAAAUGAUUUUAUACUGGCUCUCCUUCAGGUUUGUGGAGCUGUCAAGAGUUGGAAACGUGGUCAAGUGCCCACAAAUGGGACUCCCAGAGGCUUUGGGUUUUGUGAGUUUGAGGGUGCUGAAGGUGUUCUACGUGCAUUGCGCUUGCUGAGUAAAUUUAAUAUUGAUGGGCAAGAACUUGUGUUAAAUGUUAAUCAAGCAACAAAAGAUUAUCUCACACGUUAUGUUGAAAAGAAAACUGAAGUUUCUAAGAAGGUAAAAGAAAUCGAUGCUUUGGUGGCAACUGCUAAAGAGGGUGAAGCUGCAGUGAGUGAUGAGAAGAAAAUUGACCUUCCAACUCCGGCUGCAGAGGAGCCAAAGGAGGACAAUGAUUCGGUGAAAAAAGAGAAUGACAGUGCCACCUUUGGGAUUGUUACUGAUGAGGACAAGGAAGCCGACCGGGUAGCUUCAACCAAGCUGAAAAGCAUGGUAGAAGAGAGGAUGAAAAACAAACCUCUCCCUCCACCUCCUGCUCUAGCACCUGUUGAUGUCAUUGGGAAUGCAAACUCAGAGCUGCCCGCAAAAUCGAGGGAUGGGGAAUCUGAACCUGAUAAAAAUGAUGCUGCCGAUGACAAGAAUGAUGAUGAGCUCACUAGUGACAACAAACAAGUUAGUGAGAAUGACAGGGUUGCUGUUAGCUCACCUGAUAAGAAUAGGAGGAAUGAUAGAAGAAGCAGAGAGAGAGACCGAGAUCGUGAUCAGAGAAGGGAUAAAGAGCGAGAGGUUGAAAGAUACGAACGAGAAACAGAGCGAGAACGUAUACGAAAAGAGAGGGAGCAAAGGAGGAAGAUUGAGGAAGCUGAGCGCCUGUAUGAAGAAUAUCUUAAAGAGUGGGAAUACAGAGAAAGGGAGAAAGAGAAACAGCGUCAGUAUGAGAAGGAAAAAGAGAAAGAAAGGGAACGUAAAAGGAGGAAAGAAAUUAUGUAUGAAGAAGAAGAUGAGGAUGAUGAUUCAAGAAAAAGGUGGCGAAGAAGUGCAGUGGAGGACAAGAGAAAGAAGAGGCUUAAAGAAAAGGAAGAGGACUUGGCUGACAGACUAAAAGAGGAAGAAGAAAUUGCAGAGGCCAAGAGGAGGGCUGAGGAGGAAAAGCUGCAACAGGAACAGAAAGAUGCUUUGAAGAGUUCACUUGACAAUUCAACCAAUGGAUCCGAAGAGCCUAUGUUGGUGGAAGAAUCCAACACUGAAUUGAAUGAUAAAGCCAUGGAAGAGGAUUCUGAAGCUGAGUCCAGUCGUGAAAACUGUAUUGGGGAAACAAAUUUACAUAACGGUAGUACCAGUGAUGAAUCAACCAUGGCUCCUCCUGCUGCUGCAAUAGAUAUGCAACAAAAUGGCAAUGUCACCACAAAGAAAUUGGGCUUUGGUUUAGUUGGGUCUGGAAAACGUACUACAGUGCCUUCUGUGUUUAAGGAGGAUGACGAUGAUGAUGCACAUAAGGAUAAGAAGAUGAGGCCCUUGGUUCCCAUUGACUAUUCAACGGAGGAACUAGAAGCUACUCAACCGAGUGUUUCUGGAACAACUCAAUCACAUUUGGUUGCAGCUGCUGAAUUUGCUAAGCGAAUAUCAAAUGUUGGUCCCAAGGAAGAGAAAUCUGACAAUGAAAAGGAAAGAAGUAAACGCACACGAGAGCGGAACGAUGAGGAUGUUGUUCGCAGUAAAAAUGAGACCAAGGAGAAGACUCAUGAUGCAGAUCGAGAACAUGGUAUUGAUAAGAUAAAAUCGUCAGACAAUAAGAAGCUUCUAGAUGCAAAACAAUUGAUUGAUAUGAUCCCGAGGACCAAGGAGGAGUUAUUUUCAUAUGAAAUAAAUUGGGCCAUUUAUGAGAAGCACGCUUUGCACGAGAGAAUGAGACCGUGGAUCUCUAAAAAGAUAACGGAGUUUCUGGGAGAGGAAGAAACCACUUUGGUAGAUUACAUCGUGUCCAGCACUCAGGAUCAUGUGGAAGCAGACCGCAUGCUGCAGCUUCUUCAAUCGAUUUUAGACGAGGAAGCGGAAAUGUUCGUUCUUAAGAUGUGGAGGAUGCUCAUCUUCGAAAUUAAGAAGGUGGAGACAGGCUUGUCAUCUUCAAAAUCAAGAACAUAAUGUGUUUGUUUCUAAUUCUAAGCUAUCUCUUUCGGUUCUUUCUAUGUUGCUGUAGAAUGACUAAUUGUAGUACUUUUACCCUAAUUCACAUAUGUUUCCAUGUCCUUAGAUGUGAUCUGAUUCUGAUAAAUUGCUGUAAAGUCUUAAACCAUAUUCUUCAGCUUUAUUGGUUUUAAGGUUGUCUUCACCAUAAGCAAAUGAAACCCAUUUUUGUA